AUGGGUGCCCAGCUCUGCUCCGAGCCCAAUGCCAUGGAGCCCCGAGAGGCCCUUCGCUUCCACGACAAGGCCAAGGGCGCGCAGGUGCGUCUGGACGCGCAGGGCUGCAGGGCGAGCAGGUGCGCCACGUUCCACGACGGCAUCGUGUUCAGCCAGCGGCCGGUGCGGCCCAGCGAGCAGGUGGUGCUGCGCGUGCUGCAGCACGAGGACCGCUGGUGCGGCGGCCUCCGCGUGGGCUUUACACGUCUGGACCCUGAGCGCCUCUCCGCAGCCAGCCUGCCGCCCUUUGUGUGCCCCGACCUGGUGGAGCAGAGCCCCACGUGGGCAGCCGUGCUGCCCGAAGGCAGCGCGCUUGCGGGGGACCUGGUCCGCUUCUGGGUGGACCCACGAGGGCGGCUCUUCUCCAAGACCAAUGAGGGCCCAGGGUUCCUGCUGCGCAAGGACGUGCUCAUGGGCGCCCCCCUCUGGGCCGUGAUGGACGUGUACGGGACCACCAAGACCAUCGAGCUGCUGGAUCCUACAGCCGGCUGGUGCCCCACAGCCAUGCCAGAGGCUCCCUGGGAGGAGGCGCUGCCUGAGCAUGAAGACGCAGCAGCGGAGGAGUGCGCCAUCUGCUUCCACCACGCCGCCGACACCUGCCUGGUCCCCUGCGGCCACGCGCACUUCUGCAGCCACUGUGCCUGGAGAGUCUUCAGGGACACGGCCAAGUGCCCCGUGUGUCGCUGGCACAUCAGGGAGGUGGCCCCGGGCGGGGGCUGGGGCCUGUGCAGCAAGGAGUGA